CACACAGACAGUGUGGGCCGGCAGCCUGAGUGUUUGCAUGGAUCCGGUGAGACAGAGUGGAGCUGCCAUCUGUGGGCUGCUGGAGCGCCGGGAUGUUCUGCUGGUUUAGACUCAGUGCCUCCUUCAUCGAAGCAGUGUCUCCGGAAUGAAGACCCUCAGGCAGGCUGCAGCGGAGACUCUGAGCCGGUUAGGUCUGACCCAACGACACCCUGGAUACAAAGAGCUGACUGAGGUUGCUGAGUCGCCGAGAAGUCCGUUUGUCUGCGAGCCCCGUCUCUACCACACACUGCAGGCCCAAAAACCCAGCAGGCACAGGAACCGCAGCCACAGCAUUCCGAUAGGGUGCAAGAACUACACCCAGGGCCACCAAUGGAGAAGCGGCCUACGAUUUGGGACCGCAGCCUCCUAUCUAAACCUGGAGAAACUAGGGGAAGGAUCCUACUCCACUGUGUACAAGGGGAUCAGCAGGAUAAAUGGCAACCUCGUUGCCUUGAAGGUGAUUAAAAUGCAAGAAGAAGAAGGUGUCCCUUUCACCGCAAUCCGUGAGGCCUCGCUACUGAAGGGUUUAAAACACUGCAAUAUUGUGCUUCUGCAUGACAUCAUCCACACGCAGGAGACUCUGACCUUUGUCUUUGAGUAUGUGCAAACUGACCUCGCACAGUACAUGACCCAGCACCCAGGAGGCCUGCACACGCACAAUGUCAAGGUAAGAUGUAGUUCCAGGUGCAGAGUUUCCCUGCUCCCAUUGACAACGCUGGCACCAGUGAGCGAAGGUGAAGACGUGAUCCACCAUUCUACAAUGAGUCCCGAGUUGAACCUGUAA